AUGGAGGACGCUUUUGAUCCUGAAAACCAGGAGAAUUCGGACGAAGAUGAGGAUGAUGAAGAGAUGGAGGUGGAGGGCGGGGUGCCCAAGGCAGGUAUGAUCUCAAAAAACGGACUGACAUGGUCCCGUACCGCCGAGGAGACGCUGCGUUAUCUUCCUCCUGCCAUCCCACAUCCUGGGAUUACCAGACACGCCGCAGCCCGCAUAAAAGUUUUGGAUGACACCUUGUGGUUUUUUUUGACUGAAGAAAUCAUCCAAAUACUUGUACUUGAGACCAACCGGGAGGGCCGGCUAAAUGAUGAAAAUUGGAGGAUUACGGACGUAACGGAAAUUCGGGCAUUCAUUGGGCUUCUCUCCCUCGCCGGACUGCACCGUGCGCGUCAUGAGGCGACUGUCAACUUGUGGGGAGAGGACACCGGGCGCCCCAUCUUCCGCGCAACCAUGUCGCGCAAAAGAUUUGAUGAGCUGUGCAUAAAUCUUCGAUUUGAUAAUCGGGAGACCCGGCGUCCACAUGACAAGUUCGCACCCAUCAGGAACCUCUGGCAGCGCUGGGUGGACCGCCUGCACAUGGGGCACAACCUCGGUGAGAACAUCUGCAUUGAUGAGCAGUUGGUCAGCUUUCACGGCCAUUGGUCAUUCAAGCAGUAUAUGCCGCAAAAGCCUGCAAAAUAUGGUCUGAAGCUGUGGGUGCUUUGCAACGUCAACACCUCGUAUGCCUGGAAGAUGAUUCCCUACCUGGGAAAAGAGGCCAGCGCUGCUCACCGGAGGCAGGAGGGGAAGGAGGUGGUUCUAGAGCUCACUGAGGGGCUGUCUGGACACACCAUCACAGUGGACAAUUUUUUCACGUCCUACGACCUGGCCAUGCAGCUCCAGCGGCGGAAGCUGGCCUUGGUCGGGACUAUUCGGAGAAACAAACCCGAGAUACCAAGCCAACUGACCAACACCAGGGGAUGA